AUGUUUUCUCUCAAACUUAAUAUCUAUCUUUUAGUUGUCCUUGCUGUCCUCGUGUUCCUUGGAACAAUCCGUGCCCAGUCUGGUGACGAUACUUCUGGUAGUGACUCCAGUGGAAGUUUCUCUGGCAGUGACCCUAUGUCUGGUGAUAUGAGUGGCAGCUCUACUGGUGACUUUGGCUCCUCUGGAGACACCAGCUCAUGA